AUGGAGCCGCACGUGCUCGGCGCCGUCCUGUACUGGCUGCUGCUGCCCUUCGCUCUUCUGGCCGCCUGCUUGUUCCGGGUCAAUGCGCUCUCCCUGGUCUACCUGCUGUUCCUGCUGCUGCUGCCCUGGUUCCCGGGCCCGUCCCGGCACAGCAUCCGAGGUCACACUGGCCGCCUCCUCCGAGCCCUGCUGGGCUUCAGCCUCCUCUUCUUGGCUGCCCACCUUACCUUCCAGAUAUGCCUGCAUACUGUGCCCCGCCUGGACCAGCUUCUGGACUCACCAAGCUGCAGCCCCUGGGACACCAUCACCUGGGACACCAUCUCCCGGCAUAUUGGGGUCACGAGGCUGGACCUGAAGGACAUUCCCAAUGCCAUCCGCCUGGUGGCCCCUGACCUGGGCAUCCUAGUGGUCUCGUCCCUGUGCCUUGGGGUCUGCAGGCGCCUCACGAGGACAGCCCGGCGCAGCCAGCACGUCCAGGAGCCGGAUGAUGACAGUGAGGAAGCAGACGCUGGCUCCCUGGGGGAGCUGCAGGAAGCCCCUGCACUGUCCCCCACGCGGAGAUCUCGGCUGGCUGCCCGGUUCCGGAUCACAGCGCACUGGCUGCUCGUGGCAGCUGGGCGGACGCUGGCCAUCAUGCUGCUCGCACUGGCAGGCAUCGCCCACCCCUCAGCCUUCUCCAGUGUCUACUUCCUGCUCUUCCUGGCCAUUGGCACCUGGUGGGCCUGUCACUUUCCCAUCAGCCCCUUGGGCUUCAACACACUCUGCGUCAUGGUGGGCUGCUUUGGCACCGGCCAUCUCAUCUGCCUCUAUUGCUACCAGACGCCUCUCGCCCAGACCACUCUCCCACCUGCCAGCAUCUGGGCCAGGGUGUUUGGUCUCAAGGAUUUCGUGGCCCCCACCAAUUGCUCCAGCCCCAACAUGCUGGUCAUCAAUGCCGACCAUGACUGGCCCGUGUAUGUGAGCCCCGGCAUCCUGCUGCUGCUCUGCUACACGGUGACCUCGCUCCUGAAGCUCCACGCCCGCCAGCCUGCGGACCAGAGGAAGGAGGCGGCCAGAGACGAUGAUGCACGGGAGGUGGAGUUGACCGAGGUGGACCAGUGGCCCCAGGGUCAGGCCAGGGUUGUGGCCAUCAAGGAGGAAGGGGCUGCCCAGCACACAAUACCUGCUCCCACAACACCAGACCCCGAGGACAACUGCAUCGUACACGACCUCACUGGCCACAGCGCCGUCCAGCAGCGGCCCUCAUGCCCCCGACUGGUUGAGCCAAAGGAGACGUCUCCGCUGCACGGCCUGGGUCACCUCAUCAUGGACCAGAGCUACGUGUGUGCCCUCAUUGCCAUGAUGGUGUGGAGCAUCACCUACCACAGCUGGCUGACCUUCGUGCUGCUGCUCUGGGCCUGCCUCAUCUGGACGGUUCGCAGCCGCCACCAGCUGGCCAUGCUCUGCUCGCCCUUCAUUCUGCUCUAUGGGCUGGCGCUCUGCUGCCUGCGUUACGUGUGGGCCAUGGACCUGCAGACUGAGCUGCCCACCGCCCUGGGCCCUGUCAGCCUGCGCCAGCUGGGGCUGGAGCACACCCGUUACCCCUGCCUGGACCUGGGCGCCAUGCUGCUGUGCACCCUGACCUUCUGGCUCCUGCUGCGCCAGUUUGUGAAGGAGAAGCUGCUGAGGAGGGCGCGGGCCCCUGUGGCGUUGACGGAGGUCACCGUGGCCACCACAGAGCCCACACGGACGCAGAUGCUGCUGCGGAGCCUGGGGGAGCUGGUCAGGGGCAUCUACGCCAAGUACUGGAUCUACGUGUGUGCAGGCAUGUUCAUCGUGGUCAGCUUUGCUGGCCGCCUGGUGGUCUACAAGAUCGUCUACAUGUUGCUCUUCCUGCUCUGUCUCAUCCUCUUCCAGGUCUACUACAGCCUGUGGCGGAAGCUGCUCAAGGCGUUCUGGUGGCUGGUAGUGGCCUACACCAUGCUGGUGCUGGUGGCCGUCUACACCUUCCAGUUCCAGGACUUCCCGGCCUACUGGCGCAACCUGACGGGCCUCACCGAUGAGCAGCUGGGGGACCUGGGCCUGGAGCAGUUCAGCGUGUCUGAGCUCUUCUCUAGCAUCCUGGUCCCCGGCUUCUUUCUGCUCGCCUGCAUCCUGCAGCUGCACUACUUCCACCGGCCCUUCAUGCAGCUCACCGACCCUGAGCACUGGCCGCUGCCCGGUGCCUGCAUCCCACGCUGGGUUCCUGGGCAGGACGCGGUGAGCCGGACCCCCCUGCUGCAGCAGGAGGAAGAGGAGGAGAUGCCUAGGGACGAGGGGUUGGGCACAGCCAGCCCCCACCAGUCCACGCAGGUCCCAGAGGCCAGCAAGUGGGGCCUGGUGGCCGAGCGCCUGCUGGACCUGGCCACUGGCUUCUCGGACGUCAUCACCCGCGUGCAGGUGCUGGUGCGGCGCCUGCUGGAGCUGCAUGUCUUCAAGCUGGUGGCCCUGUACACCGUGUGGGUGGCUCUGAAGGAGGUGUCGGUGCUGAACUUCCUGCUAGUUGUGCUCUGGGCCUUCGCCCUGCCCUACCCACGCUUCCGGCCCAUGGCCUCGUGCCUGGCCACUGUGUGGACCUGCAUCAUCAUCGUGUGCAAGAUGCUGUACCAGCUCAAGGUGGUCAACCCCCACGAGUACGCCAGCAACUGCACGGAGCCCUUCCCCAACAGUACGAACCUGCAGAAGACAGAGAUCCGCCAGUCCUUGCUGUACCGCGGGCCUGUCGACCCCGCCAACUGGUUUGGAGUGCGGAAGGGCUUUCCCAACCUGGGCUACAUCCAGAACCACCUGCAGAUCCUGCUGCUGCUGGUGUUCGAGGCCAUGGUGUACCGGAGCCAGGACUACCACCGCCGCCGGCACCAGCUGGCCCCGCUGCCUGCCCAGGCCGUCUGCGCCGAGGGCACCCGCCAGCGGCUGGACUGUGACCUGCCCAGCUGCCUCAAGUACUACGUGAAUUUCUUCUUCUACAAAUUUGGGCUGGAGGUCUGCUUUCUGGCGGCCGUGAACGUGAUCGGGCAGCGCAUGAACUUCAUGGUCAUCCUGCAUGGCUGCUGGCUGGUGGCCAUCCUUACCCGCCGACGCCGGGAGGCCAUCGCCCGCCUCUGGCCCAAUUACUGUCUGUUCCUGGCGCUCUUCCUGCUGUACCAGUACCUGCUGUGCCUGGGUGUCCCCCCAGCCUUGUGCAUUGACUACCCAUGGCGCUGGAGCCGGGCCGUCCCCAUGAACUCCGCGCUCAUCAAGUGGCUGUACCUGCCUGACUUCUUCAGUGCCCCCAAUGCCACCAACCUCAUCAGUGACUUCCUCCUGCUGCUCUGCGCCUCCCAGCAAUGGCAGGUGUUCUCGGCCGAGCGCACGGAGGAGUGGCGGCACAUGGCCGGUGUCAAUACUGACCGCCUGGAGCCGCUGCGGGGGGAGCCCAACCCUGUGCCCAACUUCAUCCACUGCAGGUCCUACCUCGACAUGCUGAAGGUGGCCGUUUUCCGCUACCUCUUCUGGCUGGUGCUGGUGGUGGUGUUCAUCACAGGGGCCACGCGCAUCAGCGUCUUUGGGCUGGGCUACCUACUGGCCUGCUUCUACCUGCUGCUCUUCGGCACCAGCCUGCAGCAGAAGGACACACGUGCCCGCCUCGUGCUGUGGGACUGCCUCAUCCUUUACAACGUCACUGUCAUCAUCUCCAAGAACAUGCUCUCUCUCCUGUCCUGCGUCUUUGUGGAGCAGAUGCAGAGCAGCUUCUGCUGGGUUAUCCAGCUCUUCAGCCUCGUAUGCACCGUCAAGGGCUACUACGACCCCAAGGAGAUGCUGGGCCGCGACCAGGACUGCCUGCUGCCCGUGGAGGAGGCGGGCGUCCUGUGGGACAGCGUCUGCUUCCUGUUUCUGCUGCUGCAGCGCAGGGUGUUCCUCAGCUACUACUUCCUGCACGUUCAGGCCGAGCUCCGCGCCACCGCCCUGCAGGCCUCCAGGGGCUUCGCCCUCUACAAUGCUGCCAACCUCAAGACCAUCGAGCUCCACCGUAGGGCGGAGGAGAAGUCACUGGCCCAGCUGAAAAGACAGAUGGAGCGGAUCCGGGCCAAGCAGGAGAAGCACAGGCAGGGCCGGGCCAACCGAGGCCGCCUUCAGGGCUCCCCAGACCCCGGCCAAGAGCCAGGGCCCAGCAGUCCAGGGGGCGCCUCCCCGCCACCACAGCAGUGGUGGCGGCCCUGGCUGGACCACGCCACAGUUAUCCACUCUGGGGACUACUUCCUGUUCGAGUCAGACAGUGAGGAGGAGGAGGAAGCCCAGCCUGAGGACCCCAGGCCAUCAUCACAGAGCGCCUUCCAGAUGGCGUACCAGGCGUGGGUGACCAACGCGCAGACUGUGCUGCGGCAGCAGCGGCAGCAGCAGGCCGAGCAGCUGCGCACAGGAGGCGACCCAAGCCAGGAGGCAGGGCCGGCAGAGGGCUUGGAGGACGAGGUGACCGGCCGCAGCCAUGUGAUGCAGCGAGUGCUGAGCGCUGUGCAGUUCCUGUGGGUGCUGGGGCAGGCGCUGGUGGACGGGCUCACGCGCUGGUUGCACGACUUCACGCGGCACCACCGCGCCAUGAGCGACGUACUGCGCGCUGAGCGCUACCUGCUCACACAGGAGCUGCUCCGGGGCGGAGAGGUGCGCCGGGACGUGGUGGACCAGCUGUACGCCAGCGAAGCUGAGGCGGCCCGUGAUGCGCUGAGCACAGCAUCGAGCGGGCUGGGGGUGGAGGAGCCGCUGAGCAGCAUGACCGAGGACGCCAGCAGCCCCCUGAGCACCGGCUACAACACCCGCAGCAGCAGCGAAGAGGUGGUCACCGAGCCCGGGGCUUCUCUGCGCGGCUCUGGGGAGCUUCCCGCCGGCGGCCGCGGCCGAAUGCGCACGGCCAGCGAGCUGCUCCUGGACAGGUGCGUGCACAUUCCGGAGCUGGAGGAGGCGGAGCAGUUUGCGGCAGGGCGGGGUCGGGUGCUGCGGCUGCUGGAGGCCAUGUACCAGUGCGUGGCUGCCCACUCGGAGCUGCUGUGCUACUUCGUCAUUGUCCUCAACCACAUGGUCACUGCCUCAGCCACCUCCCUCGUGCUGCCCGUGCUGGUCUUCCUGUGGGCCAUGCUCUCCAUCCCGCGGCCCAGCAAACGCUUCUGGAUGACGGCCAUCAUCUUCACCGAGGUCACUGUGGUCGCCAAGUACCUGUUCCAGUUUGGCUUCUUUCCCUGGAACAGCCACGCAGUGCUGCGGCGCUAUGAGAACAAGCCCUACUUCCCGCCGCGCAUCCUGGGCCUGGAGAAGAGCGACAGCUACGUCAAGUAUGACCUGCUGCAGCUCAUGGCGCUCUUCUUCCACCGUGCACAGCUGCUGUGCUAUGGCCUCUGGGACCAUGAGGACCCCCCACUGUCCAAGGAGCACGACGGGGGCAGUGCCAAGGAGAAGGGGGCUGAGGAGGAGCCAGCCCUGCCCACACCCCAAGAGGAGCCAGGAGGGGCCGCCAGGCCCCCUGCUGAGGACAACGGCCAGGCGGAAGUGAAGGGUGGGCCCCUAGAGCCCGGCGACAAGAGGCGCAUCAGCCUCCGUUUCAGGAGGAGGAGGAAGGAGAGCACAGAAGCCAGAGGACAGGCCGUUGAAGGCGAGGAGGAGGCGGCAGCAGUGGCGGUGGCGGCGGCGGGGGCAGCGGCCUUGCGGAGAGAGAAGAAGCGGAGUCGCCCCCGGGAAAGAGUGAGGGUGCUGGGGGUCCGGCUGCAGAGCUUCUGCCUGUCCCUGGCCCAGAGCAUGUACUGGCCCGUGCGGCGCUUCUUCCAGGACAUCCUGCACACGAAGUACCGGGCCGCUACCGACGUCUACGCCCUCAUGUUCCUGGCCGACGUCAUCGACUUCAUCAUCAUCAUUUUCGGAUUCUGGGCCUUUGGGAAGCACUCGGCAGCCACGGACAUCACAUCCUCCCUGUCAGACGACCAGGUGCCCGAGGCUUUCCUGGUCAUGCUGCUGAUCCAGUUCAGUACCAUGGUCAUCGACCGUGCCCUCUACCUGCGCAAGACUGUGCUGGGCAAGCUGGCCUUCCAGGUCGUCCUGGUGCUGGCCGUCCACCUCUGGAUGUUCUUCAUCCUGCCCGCCGUCACCGAGCGGAUGUUCAGCCAGAACGCGGUGGCCCAGCUGUGGUACUUUGUGAAAUGCAUCUACUUCGCUUUGUCCGCCUACCAAAUCCGCUGCGGCUACCCCACCCGCAUCCUUGGCAACUUUCUCACCAAGAAGUACAACCACCUCAACCUCUUCCUCUUCCAGGGGUUCCGGCUGGUGCCAUUCCUGGUGGAGCUGCGGGCGGUGAUGGACUGGGUGUGGACGGACACCACGCUGUCCCUGUCCAACUGGAUGUGCGUGGAGGACAUCUAUGCCAAUAUCUUCAUCAUCAAGUGCAGCCGAGAGACCGAGAAGAAAUACCCGCAGCCCAAGGGGCAGAAGAAGAAGAAGAUCGUCAAGUACGGCAUGGGCGGCCUCAUCAUCCUGUUCCUCGUGGCCAUCAUCUGGUUCCCACUGCUCUUCAUGUCCCUGGUGCGCUCUGUGGUCGGCGUCGUCAACCAGCCCAUCGACGUCACCGUGACUCUCAAGCUGGGAGGCUAUGAGCCCCUGUUCACCAUGAGUGCCCAGCAGCCGUCCAUCGUGCCCUUCACGCACCACACCUACGAGGAGCUGUCCAAGCAGUUUGACCCCCACCCGCUGGCCAUGCAGUUCAUCAGCCAGUAUAGCCCCGAGGAUAUCGUCACGGUGCACAUCGAGGGCAGCUCCGGGGCGCUGUGGCGCAUCAGCCCGCCAAGCCGGGCGCAGAUGAAGCGGGAGCUGUAUAACGGCACAGCCGACAUCACCCUGCGCUUCACCUGGAACUUCCAGAGGGACCUGGCCAAGGGCGGCAGCGUGGAGUACACCAACGAGAAGCACACCCUGGACCUGGCCCCCAACAGCACCGCCCGGCGGCAGCUGGCCAGCCUGCUGGAAGGUACCUCGGACCAGUCAGUGGUCAUCCCCCACCUCUUCCCCAAGUACAUCCGUGCCCCCAACGGGCCUGAAGCCAACCCUGUGAAGCAGCUGCAGCCCAACGAGGAGGCUGACUACCUCGGCGUGCGUAUCCAGCUGCGCAGGGAGCGUGUGGGCACAGGGGCAGCUGGCUUCCUCGAGUGGUGGGUCAUUGAGCUGCAGGACUGCCAGGCCAACUGCAACCUACUGCCCAUGGUCAUCUUCAGUGACAAGGUCAGCCCACCCAGCCUGGGCUUCCUGGCCGGCUAUGGCAUCAUGGGGCUGUAUGUGUCCAUCGUGCUGGUCAUCGGUAAGUUCGUGCGCGGCUUCUUCAGCGAGAUCUCGCACUCCAUCAUGUUCGAGGAGCUGCCGUGUGUGGACCGCAUCCUCAAGCUCUGCCAGGACAUCUUCCUGGUGCGGGAGACGCGGGAGCUGGAGCUGGAGGAGGAGCUCUACGCCAAGCUCAUCUUCCUGUACCGCUCGCCCGAGACCAUGAUCAAAUGGACACGCGACAAGGAGUAGAGCCGCUGCGGGUGGAGUCGAGGCCCCGGCCUGAUGCUGCUGUCACAGGAAGCCGCGGCCCGCCCGGCGCAGGACUGCUGGCCCUUCCCGUUGUCCCCCACCCCCACGCGUACUGUAGUUUUCUAAUUAAAUCGUUUUUAUUUAUACAAA